AUGUGUGCCAACCGUUCCAAGCCCAGAGUCGAACCGACCGCGAGAGCAGCAAGCGUCGACGUGUCAAGAAGCCCAAGAAGGUCGCAGCGCCGACCGACAAGCCCAAAGCAUCCAACAACAAUAAGGAGGUGGAGAAGAACCCCCCCAGUAGUGAUCGACCUCACGGCCGAAGACCAGGAGCAAGACAAGGAGAACCGCCGCCAAGUUGAAGUUGACACCCCCAGUAGUGAUAAUCCGCCGGCCAUGGACUUCCCCGCGCACCUCCAGUCUGACGACUACUUUGAGGUGCUGAACCUGCCGAGCUCGGCGUCGGAGGCGGACGUCAAGCGCGCCUACAGGAGGCUGGCGGUGCAGUGGCACCCGGACAAGAACCGCUCGAGCCCGCAGGCCGAGGAGUUCUUCAAGAAGAUCAGCGAGGCGUACGAAGUUUUGAGCGACCCGGAGAAGAGGAAGCUCUACGAGAAGUACGGGAAGGACGGGCUGAAUGGUGGCGGGGGUUCUGCUACCCCUCACUCGAGGGACGGGGAGGACCACUUCGCGUUUGGUGGCGGCUUCUCGACGCAGCACGCGCGCGACAUUUUCGACGCAUUUUUUGGCGGCCAGGACCCAUUUGAAGCGUUCUUAGGGGGCGGACGACAGCGUCGCGGGUCGAGUCAGAGACGCGGGAGGUUUGGAGACGACCCCUUUGAGGCCAUGGGCUUUGGCGGAAUGGGGAUGGGGAUGGGAAUGGGGCGUGGCUUUGGCAGUUUGGGAGGCGUGUCCAUGAUGGACUCGUUCUUUAGCGAAGGUUUCGGCGGGAUGGAGGGAGCAGCAGGGAGUGGUUUCUUCUCGACGAGUACGAGCUCGUCGUCGUCGACGUUUACGGAUCGCAAUGGGCAUGUGGUCACGCGGAAGACGACCACCACCACGGGAGCUGACGGUCGUACGGAGACCGUUACGGAGGAGUACCGCAAUGGCAAGUUGGUGAACUCCACGUCGUCGACUGGCAGUCGGCUCGCGGAUGCGGGGAGGAUGCAGUUGGAGGGAGGAAGUGCAAGCAAGGCAAGCCAGAGCAACACUAACAGCCGCAGUUUCCAGCGUCGCGCGUCCAGCAACUCGCGCCCGAAGUAG